ACGCGCUUGCGCACAUCGUAAAUGGUGAGUACCGCUGCGGAAAGAAAACCCUCCUUCCAAACUAGCUGUUAAUACAUAUCCAUAAUAAGUCUCACAAGAUAAUCGCGCAACAUCUCUGUUGGAAAGGAAGGUGACUGUUCUGUUUAGGACUCCAUACUGCAGCGUCAGCACCCAAACUGCAGUCAUUCAUAGCGUAGGCUACCUCCUUCAAAUGUUUGAUCAUGGCGUGUCCGGACCCAGAAGCAUCUGAUCUUCCUGACACUGAAUCAUCCCAAGGUGAGCUGAGGUUAGUGCUUCUGGGGAAGACAGGCACUGGAAAAAGCAGCUCUGGAAACACCAUCCUGGGUAGGGAGGCAUUCCGAGCUGACAUCUCCCCAGAGUCAAUCACAAGCCAGUGUGAGAAGGAGAGUGAAGCUAUUUCUGGAAGACGGCUGGUUGUGAUUGACACCCCAGGGUUCUUUGACACGCGACUCUCUCCCCAAGAGGUGACAACUGAGGUGGGGCGAUGCAUCAUCCUCUCCUCUCCUGGACCCCACAUGUUUCUGGUGGUGCUUCAGCCUGGGCGAUUCACCCAGGAAGAGCAGCAAACUCUGGAUUGGAUCUGGGCCACCUUUGGACCUGACGCUUCCAGAUACACAAUGGUUCUCUUCACCUGGGGGGACCAGCUGAAAGGUAAAUCCAUAGAGGAGUUCCUGAAAAAGAGCAAAGAGCUUUCUGACUUUGUUGGUAGCUGCAAGGGAGGCUACCAUAUCUUUGACAACUCAAAACCCACCAGCGACAGCCGUGCCCAGGUUUCAGAGCUACUCUGCAAGAUCGACAAGACUGUUAGGGAGAACGGUGGGAGCUGUUACACCAACGAGAUGUACCAGGAGGCCGAGCAUGCCAUCCGAGAGGCCCAGGAGAGGAUCAUGGGAGAACAGGAGUAUGGGCCACUGGAGGCACAGCCGGCUGCUCAAGGAGGAGAGGGAGACAGGAGAGCUGAGGAGGACAGAAAGAGGAGGGAGGAGGAGGAGGCCAGGAAGAGAGCAGAGAGACUCUUCUGGUCUGAGCUCCUGACUGCCAUGGGCAAGGGGGCAGCCGAAGGAGCCGGACUCAUGGAGGAGGGCGGGGAGGAGAAAGGGGGGAAGAAGCUGAAAAAGGGGAAGGUGGUGAAGAAGGCGACAGCUCUGGCUGCCAAACCGCUGUCACUCACGUCUGCUGCCAAGGUCGUGGGAGGAGCUGUGAGGGAAGGGAGCAAAGUGCUGUACAAACACCGCAAAACAUUCCUACAUUGAGACCAGCAGCCUCCACUGUCCCAAGAUGGCUCUGCCACUUCAUUAGAUACACCAUCAACAUACGUGUAUAUGACUCACCAUGAUGCACUGUGCAAGUCUUUCACUACAAAAGGAUACUUCACCAUGCUCUAUACAUUAGACCUACGGUAUGUGACAUACUCCCAUGCAGUGAGGACAUGCUGGUCAGUUGCUGUUGUGGUAAAAGCGUCAUUGCCAAAGAUUUGUGCAUCUUUUAUUUUGGUUGUAGUCUAUUUUCAGAUUUGCUGUUUACCUUUGCAUUACAUCACUCGUCUUUGCCAUAUAGGCACCUGUUUGUAACUGUAAAACUCUGCUAGUCUCAUUAUGUAAACCAAGAAUUUUCGGCACAGGACAUUACUUUUUUUUUAACGGACAUGUGUUGAGCUCAACAGUAAGUUUAGAUCUCUGACAUUUUACUUUAAUGCACUUUUGUGUCAAGACAGAGCAAUAUGGAAUAAGGAUUACUUAUCAAAUGUGAAUGUUGCAAAUGUUUGUAACCAACAAUGCAAUGAAAGGUAAACACUUCAAACAAUAAAUACCAAAAAUAUAUAUAUUCAAGAGA